UACAAUUGUCACAUCUUUUUCAUAUAUAAAUAUACUCCUUUGUUUUUUUUUCCUCUAAGAGCAAAAUGGGUGGAAAAAGUUCGUCAAGCAUGUUGGGUUUUGUUCUAGCCUUCCUACUUUAUGUAUCUGUUUUUCAACUUCUUAUGGCAAAUGAGGAGGCUAAACCAAGUGAAUUGAAUGUUCUUCAACUUCCAAUAUCAAACUCAGAAGCACUUGAUGAAGUGUUCCAAGUAGUUACAACUCGCUAUGGUCACUCCAAUCGCAAUGGACAGGGAAAAGUUUCAUUUUGCCUACGCGUAAGGUUUUGUAACACCGACGCCGAUUGUGUUGGAGCAAGUUGUGGCCAUAGGUGUUCGCCUACCUAUGAUAUGCACGACACAUGUGGACCCUAACUUCAAGUUAGGGAUUCGAACAACUGCUUCAAAUAUAAUAUCAAAAAAUAUUACUCGUGAAGCUUCAGUUUCUACACGCGUAUGAGCUAAAUGGAAAUAAGCGUGGAAUAUUGGUGUUGUUCUUGUGUGUUUGGCGUUUGUACUAUGUACAGCAAUUAUUAAAAUAAAAUUGCACCAAAGUUGAUAUCACAAAUGGUCAUGUAUGUAGCUAUCAACUUCUAGAACCCAUGAAGUGGUGGGAUGUAUUUGUAAGUGUUUUCCCUAAUAAUAUUGAGUUGUGUUGUUUUCUUC